GACUAGUGGGCGGGGCUUGUUUAUGACGUAAGCUUGUGACAAAACGGCGGUAAGCCUUCGUGUGUAUUUCUCCGGGCAUAAAAGGGAUAAAUAAAAUAGACAUUAAGUCCAAAACAAUGACGGUUCAACUAGAAAUAUGGUAGGGGAGAAUUCGUCACGUAGUACUGCCAGCAAUGGCACUGGAAGUCACAAGACUAACCGCAGAUCGGACAGUAAACCCAAGCGGGCCAAGAACGUCAACCAUAAAAUCAUCCAAGACGUCGUCUUGCACGUUCGCAGAAAACUAAAAGCGUUCAAGAAAUCCCAUCUGGUGAAAGGGUCGAGCUAUAAUUUCGAACAAUGCUCAGAGUGCCUGAAUAAUGAGAUAUUGCCGGCGUGGAAGAUGAGACCGGAUGGAAUUCACGAUUUUCGACAUUUUUUAAAACUCAGCCUCCGGAAAGAACUGCCGGAUGAAGUAGCAUCAGCGGAUGAAUUCCUCGAUUUAACCGCCAUCAGUAAAAGAGCGGAAGAGUUCGACGCGCUCAUCCCAGAAUGUAACGGGCAAAUUUUAAACUGCUUGGAGAAAUACGUCGUGAAGACUUGCAUCAGUUUGAAGCAAAUGACGGGUAAAGAGGUGUUGCUUUGUGUUGAAGAUUACGAAAACAAUAUCGUGAAACACAAGGGUGAUAUCGAAUCGAAAUGGGAGGAGAUUCAGACGAGCCAGAAGGAAUACGAUCAGAUGCUGAAACCUUUCGUGGAGUUUAUCCAAGAGGGGAGCAGGCACACGGAGGCCAUGAGCCGUCUCAGCGAUCUUUACUUGGAGCUGUGUAGGCUUAUAGAAAACUGGUUGCGGGAGGAUGAAGAGUUCCCAAAUAAAGUGGAGGAGGAGAUUGAGGUCAACCGGAAGUUGAAGGAGAAUCUGAAGGAGUCACUGGUACAGCUAGAGAACAAGAAACAAGAAAACGCCCAACACAUCGCGAAACUACAAAAGAAAGAAAACAAAGCGACCCAGCACUACUACACACACCGGACUAAAAAACAUCGGCUCAAGACAAAGCUUGGGUAUCUGGAGAACAAAGGAGAGAGAACCGACAAAAAGAUUCAAACAAAAAGGGCUGAGAGAGACGGGGUCUCUGAGACCGAUGCUAAAACACAGAGAGAAAAGGAAGAGGUGAGAGAAAGUCUGGCCUCUCUCGAUGCCGACAUUGAGAAAUUAGAGAAAGAAAAAGUCGAAGUGGAAAAACAGACGGAGACAUUGAAAAAACAGUUAAAGACUGAAAUAGAUAGAACGUAUGAAUAUAAGGUGGAGUCAGUGACCUGCAGGCAUGACAGGGAAGACAUCCACAAAGAGAACCGGAAGUUGGACAGCGACAUGUCAUCUGUGAAGGAGAGGAUCUCGGAGAUCGAGCAGCAGAUUCUCGUCCUGAUGAAGAUACGCGAGAUGAAGAUAUCGGACGACGCCUUCAGGCGAAACAUUCGAGACAAGGAGAGGCAGGACGCGGCGCUAUCGAACGGCAGCCUCCAUCUGAGUGAGGCCUGCCAGUUCGCAGCACCCUCUAUCGGCCGCGACUGGAAGAAAGUCUACCUCUGUCUGCCCUUCACCCCGCUCCGCGAGCAAGCAAAACGCCAACACGACAUCGACCUCCUGGACGACAUUGGUGCACGGAGGGACAUACCUGAGGGCGAGUUGGCCCUGAAGAGUCUGGGCAAAUGGCAGAUGUUCCACCGCAGGGGGACGGUCAGCGAUCUGGUGCUGGCACUCAAAGACUCGCGGAAGUCCCAGCUGGCACAGGAUGUGGAGAAAAAGUUCGGUGCCAGUGGCACGGCGUAGUGGGGGUCGCUUCAAGACAUUGGCGGCUUAGCUAUGUGGACAUCUUUGUGUUGAUCAGUGGGAAAGAAAUAGAAACAUUUUUCUCACAGAACCAGAUCUAGUGCCAAAUAACUCU